GAAGUCCUGAUUCUGGUCCCUGGAGCAUUAAUUAUAGAUGAGCCCCGCGCACGCGCACUACGCUAACCUACAUAAAACAACCCGCAUCCUGCUGACCGUGAACACCAUCGUCUGAUCGGAGGUGAUCGACCGUCGGAGCAGCAUCAUGACCAUGUCCAGAUGUUCCCUGCAGACAGCGGUGCUCCUGCUGAUGAUGCUGCAGCUCGUCUGUGUCCCCGCAGCCGCGGAGGAGCCCGGCACCGUCAUCCCGGCAGAAAGUCGUCCGUGUGUUGACUGUCACGCCUUUGAGUUCAUGCAGAGGGCGCUGCAGGAUCUCAAGAAGACGGCUUUCAACCUUGAUGCCAGGACAGAGACGCUGGUGCUGAGAGCGGAGAGGAGGGCUCUGUGCGACUGUAUGCCCACCAACUCGCUGCGCUGAGAUCUGCACUCCACCACCACCACCACCAGUGCACCCGAGGACACGUCCACCAGUCAUCAUUACCCCCCCUCCCCCCACCACCACCACCACAACCACCACGCUGAACCCAACCCUGUUCCACCCUCAUGUACAUUCUCCUCUUAACUUAUUCUCACGAUAGGCACUUUAUUUUUCUUUGUCGUCACGUCACUGUUGAGUGAAGCUUUUAUUUCAGAUCAUCUAAAGUCAUGUUUUUGUCUUCGCCUUAUUCCGGACGACUUUUUAAUCCAUGUUUUACAGAUGUAGUUUCCACCCUCGUGGGAUUUGGUUCAGCUCUCACCUGUCUCCUCUGAAACAAACUAUUUUUUGUACUUUUUAGUAUUUGACUGAAUAAUGUAGAUAUAGUAGAAUGCAUUGGUAAAAAUUUACUUGUCGAAUGUGUUGUAUGAGAUUAAUGUUUACGACGAUUAUACACAUCAAACUGUAGCAUCUCAUGGAAUUUAUUUACCUGCUUUUAAUUAGUUAAUUAAAUGACCUGUCGGCAGAAUGACAAUAACUUCACAGAUUUCAAAUGAUUUGAUUUUGCAGCCUGGCUUCUUUUGCAAAAAAAAAGAAAAAAGGUUGGGUAACUUAAUAAAAAAACUGUCUUUUUAAAAUUUUGUUUUGUAAAGAAAUGUCAGUAGAAAAAAAAAUAUAAAAUUUUGCAAACAUUAGAUUUUUUAAGGCAGAGAGAGUGUCCGUGUAGGUCUUGAUUUUAGCAAAGCACUGUAGCAUGAAUUUACUGCACUUUUUGUUCAAGUACUGGUAAUAUAGAUUGUAUGUAUCAGUUACGUAUGUGUACACGAGUACAUGUAACGCAGGUGUCCACGGACUUUGUCUUCUCGGUCUGACGGCGGUGAAAGAAGAGUAGUGACGAAGAGUAAAGAAUCAGAUGAGCUGUGAUUUCAGCAGAAGGAUCAAUAGAAGGAAACUAGCUGCAGCAGCAGGAGAUAGAAAUAAUUAUUGUCUUGUUGUUGCUCGUUCAUGAACAUUGUUCUGUUGACGUCACGUCACAGGAGGAUCCAUCUAUUGUCUCAAUGUUGUAACUUAAUAAAAACAAUGAAUGAC